GAGAAUCUGCCUGAUCUUCUCAUCGUGUAACGUUAUCAUCAGGGAGGGAGAAGGAUAGAGCUAACUGAUAACCUGGCUGUACCCGACGUCCAAGCACCGAGACUUGCGUAGUCUAUUACAGUGGUGAAGCCCAGGAUGUCCAAACGUGUGACGGAAGAGAUUGUCAUUGUGGAGGGAGGAGAGGAGAAGAGGAUGAGAGUGGAGGAUGGAAACGACGAGUCAGAGGAAGUUGUAACAGAGAUGGCGUCCGCUGUGGCUGUCACAACGGUAUCAGUCAUCACCCAGGCGAUCCACAUCAACGAACCAAUCGGCUCCCUGCGACAGCUUCUGGAGCCCAGGGUGCAGUCAUCGCUAGAAAGCCACAACAUCUACCUCCAAGAUAUACCUCUGGACCCAGGACAGAGCCUGUUUGACCAGGGUGUGAAGACAGACGGUGUUGUCCAGCUGAGUGUCCAGAUUGUGUCCAACACAGGUGGGGAGUAUAUGUCCAACCCAGUGAACAGUUGUCCUGUUGUAGGAGAGGAGGCUCGCCUGAACAUUCUGGAGGUGGUGAAACCUAUCCAGGAGACCAUAGAACUGGCUGUACCACUGGAGGAAGCACAUCAGGAGCAGGUUGUGGCGGCGGUGUCCGAUAUCGGUACAGAAGUGGUGACAACGGAGGAGACAGAGACGACGCGGGAGCUGGAGCUGGCCACCGUGAUGACGGUCUCCCCGGACGUCGCCUCACAGAUCCACGCCGGGGACGCGGCGGCGCGCACCAUGGUCCCACUGUCGGAGGAGUCGGACCACGUCACCAGAUGGGCCGUCUGUCAGAACUUCAGGAAGGAGCAGGAGAUCAAGGGCAUUCCUCUGGAUCCCAUGGAGUGGACAGAAGAGAAUGUUGCCCAGUGGGUGGAGUGGGUGUCACAGGAGUUUGCCCUGGAUGGCAUGGAUCCCCACCACUUCCAGGCCACCGGCAAGGACCUGUGCAGUCUGCAGCAGAAAGACUUCCUGGCCAGGGCACCUGCGGGCAAGGGGGAAAUCCUCUGGACUCACCUGGAGCUGCUCAGGAAAUCCAUUCACCCCAUCUCUACUGUGGAAGUUGUUGCCUCAGAAGGUUUAACAACAGUUACACAAGCAGGUGUGAGACAGGUGGUCACAGCCCCCACUAAGACAAUCAAGGUGCUGACCACCAAGGCAGCCAGCAUCAGCCGGCCGCGGUCGCCCCGCAUCAUGGGCGGGGAGGAGAGGAGCUCCCCGGGGAACAGGACAGGUAACAAUGGACAGAUCCAGCUGUGGCAGUUCCUUCUGGAGCUGUUAACAGACAAGGACUCCCGGGAUGUCAUCAGCUGGGUGGGAGAAAACGGGGAGUUCAAGCUGAACCAGCCGGAGAUCGUGGCACAGAAGUGGGGCAUGAGGAAGAACAAACCGGCCAUGAACUAUGAGAAACUUAGCAGGGCCUUGAGGUACUACUAUGAUGGGGACAUGAUUGCCAAAGUCCACGGGAAGCGGUUUGUAUACAAGUUUGUUUGUGACCUGAAGCAGCUGCUGGGCUACAGCGCAGGGGAGCUCAGCAGACUGGUGUCCGAGGCAGAGCAGAAGAAAAUGUCGCACAGCAGGAGAACGGCCAGCCUCCUAGCGGCCAGCCCGGGAACUUCAGACUAGUUUUGUUAGUAUCCUCUUAGGCCCCCUUUCUACUGGACGUCGAUCGCUGACCAACCAUACUGUGAGCAAAGUUGGGGGUGUGUGACCCUUGUUUUUAUGAUUGAAAUAUGAUGAAUGAUGUUUAAGUCUGGCUUAAAAGACAACACAAGAUGUAAAAUAAAAAACAUCUGUGCUUUGUAUCUGAAAUUUGUUGAGCCAUCUGUCAAAUGUUGUUAGGUAGCUUCAUGGUUGCUCAGCAGUCAAAGCCUCUAGUGGCAAGGGGGUGUAGUACUCUACAGGUAUUCCAUUUUAAUGCAUUUGUAAUGACUAGUUGGACAGAUUACAUGUGAUAUCUCAUAAAACAUUUAUUUGACGAAAUCUAUGUUGUCACAAGUACCACUGCUGAAAAAAAUGUCAAUUACCAGGGGUAAGCAAUGCCCACAUCUUCUUGCACAAUCAUUUUGUGUUAUGUUUACAGGUGAAAGCUUUAAAAGUAUGGGAGGCAAAAGUUUGACAUUUCCAAACAUCCUACUACAGUUACCGUGAAGCCUUGUGAUGAUUGAGAGUAGUAUAACACACCUUAACCAUUCUCUGUGUCCUGUCUAGGAAACAUGAAAUCUGUGAUUUGCAUAAAAAUGCUUUUUGGAGACAUAGAGGGAAUAAGCUUCCAUUACUACCUGGCUGGGCAUUGGUUUGGAAAUAUGACUGUAGCAUAAGUUCCAGUUCAGGGAUGUUUGAAGGUAAUUGUAUAGAUUCUGAAAUAGAUUUACAAGUAUAGAUGUACAUACAGUUGAUGUUAGGAAACAUGGUGGGACCAGAUACAUUUAACAUCUUCACAGGAAGUACUCCUACUGAUAAUCAAAGUGAAAGGGGUUAGUUUAUACCAUCAGUAUUUUCAGAACUAUACAUGACAAGUAUGGACUUUUAAGUUGUCCAAAGAAGGUAGUUCUUUCCUGUAAAUAUUUUAGAAGUUAAUGAAAUGAUACUGUUGAUUAGAACAAAGGUGGUGAGGAGUAAAUGCUACGGUUGGACUAGUUAAUUGCUUGGAUGGACAUGUACAGCAGUUCAAUAUAAUAGAGAAGUUGAUGUGAAAGAUUUUAAUGCUACUGUAGUAUUACAAAUGUUUGUCACAGGUAGACAGACUUUGGUUCCAGCAUCAAUACAAGAAAUGUGUCAGUUUCCUCAGCAGGGUUUAGGUCUGUGUGGGUUGUUGCUAGCUUAGGGCACAUAUUGUACAAUUAUAUGAUUGCAAACCUAGGGAAUUCUUGGGAUACAUGUAUACAGAAUGUAGCUGUUUUGUUAUGGAAUAGUCUGUCUUAGGUCAAUGUCAGUGAUUCGUCCUCCUACAGACUACUUAGAAAUUCUGCUGAAUCAAAAUUGUAGUACGAAUGUAGCUACCCUGUUAGAAUUAACAUACCAGGUACAUAUAGACUGGAGGGAGAGGUUCUCUCACCUACCAUUUGUAGUGUUGUAAGAUUGCUCGAAUGAAUCAUGUUCUAUCACCAAGAAAUGAAGUGGUCCAACCUUGCAGUAAGAACCACUCAAAAUGAUGACUAUGAGCUGCCUUUGAACAUUGUCAUGCUUGUUUUCAAAACAAAAGUGCUAUUUUUGUAUCAAAACUAUCUUUGGAGCAUGCCGUCUUUGUAUACACUUUACAUGUACAUUGUACUGACUGUAGAUAUUGUAAAUGGUUACUAAAGGCAAGGUUACCCAGUAUUUCAAUUUAUAGUACAACAACAUCAUGUGCCAUUCUUAUCUUAAAAGUUCAUCUGUGUUGGUAGAAGUCAUUAUGCAGCAAGAUUAAAAUGUAAUUUCCAACACAAGAAAUUAGACAUUGAAUCAGGGCAUUGCAACCAACCAACAGAGACAGGGGGUGCCACAGACUUUCUGCAACCUAUGAUCCACUGCUCACGGAGGCACGUGUGUUAUCUGCGUGACGUCACAGAAGCAGUGGAUUGUUAAUUCCUUGACAACGACUGGAGUUGUACAGUCGAAAAUUUGGGUGAGUCCAAUUUCUUGUGUUGGAAAUUACAGUUGCAUCUUGCUGCAUAAUGUGCCAUUCUUAUGUGACCUUCAUGAAGGCAUGUUGUUUUGGGUCCGAAGUACUCCAAAGACAGGUUUAUAGGUCUUUGAGCUUGCUACAUUUUUAUUUGAACAAUUCUGUGUGUUUACCAAACUGUGUACACUUAUAUCUUAACAAGCCCUAUUAUAGGAUUUGUGUCUGCUGUAGACUAAGGCCACACCAAUUUUAAUUGGUUGGUUCUUUGAUUUAAUAUACUUAUGCUGAACUGCAAAAUCAACAUGGAAACAGACUCUGAGGAGAAAGUCUGUACCUUGGUACACACAGUACCAGGAAACGAGUGUAGCUCAAGUUUUCCUCCUUGCCAGUUUUCAUAUUGACUGAUGGCUGAAUUUUUACUAAAAAAUAUCUGGGAACCACGAAAAGAAAUUGGUGUGGCCCAACCUGCAGCAUAUUGUUAAUCAAUGUCAGUUUCCAAGUUUUGCCUUAUCAGUAGCCUGCAAAUGUCUAUAUGGAUGACCAAAUACAGACUAAUGUUGGCUAAACAUAAGUACAUCUACAAUGUGUAGUCUUAUGUUACUGUGAAAUUUAGUUAUUGUGCAUAAUCAUACGUUGUUCAAAUCAAUGUGGACAAUAAUAGGUUCAGUUACUAUAGAGAUGUUCUGAUAUAUAUGCACAAUGCACUUUUACAUCAGUAAAAGGAGAUACCACAGA